AUGGCCGCCGACUCCCACGACAAUCCCGGACCGAUUGGUCGGUCUCGGGAGGUUCCUCAGCGGAGGCAUCGUCCUGCGCCCGAACCACCGGCUGCAAAUGGCCAGCUGGCACCGAAGCGACAACCCUGGGCAAGACAGUACCGGCGUUCUACCACCAUCACCAGACUGCGACGAUUGUCACCGGAAAAGGUAUCCUUACGAGCUCUGACGCAGACUCCCCCUCAUGGACGCAUUGUACGUCGCAGUGAUGUUGCUCGUUUGUUGGAACAGGCGAAGCAGGCUCAACAACAACAACAGCAGCAGCAACAGCGGCCGCUUCUGUCGCUGGCUCCGGUCCAACCGUCACCAUUGCACCAGCAACAGGACAACUACGACUCCGAGUUUUCUAUUACUCCCGCCCUGAUUGUGGCAGGGCUGCGAUCUCGGGAACAAGGGCAAUCACUGCCGCUUCACCACCGUCUGCGACCACCUAAUGCACGGGUACCAACUCCCGCUAAGGAGAAAGUGGUUGCACUGCCGAUACCUGAAGAGGAUGACCUCUACCUGUCUCCCCGUCGUGGUAUUGAGAAUAACAACGACGAGCCGUUGAAUUUCCCACCCCCAUCUCCGCCGGCGAGAUCACCACCCAAGCUUGCGACGCGACCUCCUGGUGGUAAGCGCCACUCAUCCCUUGAUCUUGGUCCCAUUCCCCUGAUACGGCCUGCUGAGGAAUUACCAAAGGUGAGAAUCCCCGAACUGCUACGACAGAGCGAACUUGCUCCGCCAAAACCGGCCAAGGCUCCAGAACCUCUGUUACCAAAAGUAUCGGUGACCAACGAGAGAUCAAACUACAAUUUCAAUUUCCCUCCAGCCGAAACUGUACACCACUCAAACGGAUCAUCGAAGCCAACGCAGAGAGAUACGGUUAGCCCCGAAAAACAUGAACCCUCGGACAAUCUUGCAUCAAAUGGCUUAGCGAGUUCCACCAUACCUCCGAUUCAUAAGCCUAUUCGAAGACCAGUGACAAUUGAAACCAUUCCCGAUUAUAGUCAAAAUCGACCAUCAAAUCGUUUGGGGUACGCGGAACAACCCAAGAAGAGUGAAGCUAUGGUAGCAGCUGCCAAAGUACAAAAGAAACUGUUUUUCGAACUGUUAGAUAUUGACAACCACAAGCUGUCGCCAGUUUCGGAGAUGACUUUCAGCAACCAUAGGUACACAUCUACUAAGCCUCCUGCUGGACAGGAUAGGGAUCAUCUGCCGGGAAUAACGCAUUUGCCUUCGUCGGACGAUCUUUCUCCCAUCAAGCAACGUAUUGACGACGUGUUGCAUCGCGCCAAAAGCAGUCUUUAUACGAAGACCGAUGAAUUGAAAACGAAUAAUUUGAAUUCGUCAAAUUAUCCGGUGCUGAUUGAACGGGUGAAACUUCCUCGAGAUCUGAGACCACUGAGGUUUGAUUUCGACCGCUUGACGUCGAGGCCUAGGCCGGAAUCAAGAGAAGCCACAAGCGUGAAAAGAGAUUUAUACUCUCGGAGAAACCCUCCGUAUGUUACGCCAUCCAAAAUGGCUUUACCAUCUCAAGACCGUACUCAUGACAGAACUCACGAGCGUACCUACCCCACUGCAUUGAGGCCUACUCCAGUGAAAUCAAGACUUCGCGACUAUGAUGACUAUACUUUGACCAAACCUUCAAACUCAGAAUCCAGAGGGAAGGAAGCACCCUCAAAAUUAGCUCCAUUGAUUGAAAUGUCAUCCAAAUCUGGUCGGCGUUCAAGAUUGGCGGAGCCCACUCGUUCACCAGUUACCCGAUUUAACGAGUCCAGAUUCACCGACGUUGAUGAUCAGUUUGUUAGACCCAAACCGAAGGCUUAUGAAUUCAAAGAUGAUUUUGGUGGUGAACGUUCGAUAGGACGCAAACGAGCUGGAACAGAUAUCCACUCCGGAACCAAAACCCAGCAGAGGAAAGAUUAUCCUUCAAUCAAUGGGGAGGUCAGGGAGAAUUCAUCUGAAGUUACUCGUGUCACAGUGGGAUUCGAUAAUAUCGAUCAAGUGAUGGAAGGGCUGUCUCGCACUGCCAAUGUCAGGGAGAUUACUCCAAAAGAAGACACUCUUAAAAGACAAGAUGCGUCGAAGUUGAACAACGUGCCGAAGGAAACGCCUUCUCGAAACUCUAAGGGAAGAGAAUAUUUGGUUCAGAAGCUCUUUGAAGAUAAAGGGUUAUCUCCAAUGCCACCCGUAUCUCAGACGCUGGGCGAUAAUUCUAAUUCUAAAACUCGGGAUGUCGAUAUUACAAGGGAUCGCCACCCCGCCGUUGACACCAGCAACAAACGUCGGAGAUCUCCAUCGGUGGAGCAUCCCCGCAAACGGCGGAAAGUCCCCAUUGACAUGUCUAUAGUACAAGCGAUUGUCGACCAACAACCGCAACGAGGGCUUUUUGGCUGGUGUUUGGAAAAGGUUGGGUUUUACGAACCGUUGCCACGUUACACAGCGAAGCAGAUUGAGUUUUUCCUCAGAUUCGGUCAAUACGGACACAGGCUGGAGAUCAGGCAGAAUCCGUUAGUCCGCGAGACCUACGGGGUGACGCCGGAGAUGAUAGACGAAAUUGCCCGCCACUUUGAGCGGCGGGGGCUCCCAGCGUUUACCAGCCCGCAAUGA